AUGGAAAAUCAAUUGGCUAAGUCAACUGAGGAACGAACAUUUCAGUACCAGGAUUCUCUUCCAUCACUGCCGGUUCCUUCACUUGAAGAAUCAUUGAAUAAAUACCUUGAAUCAGUAAAGCCAUUUGCAAAUGAAGAAGAAUAUAAGAAAACUGAAGAAAUUGUAAAAAAAUUUCAAUAUGGUAUUGGAGAAAAAUUGCACAAGAAAUUACUUGAAAGGGCAAAAGAAAAAAGAAAUUGGCUGGAAGAGUGGUGGCUGAAUGUUGCCUACCUGGAUGUCCGUACACCAUCACAACUGAAUGUCAACUUUGGUGGUCCGGCGUCCCAUAUAGAACACUACUGGCCUCCAAAGGAAGGCACACAAUUGGAAAGAGGAAGCAUAAGUCUUUGGCAUAACUUGAACUACUGGCAGCUGUUAAGAAAAGAAAAAUGGCCUGUUGAUAAAGUUGGAAAUACUCCUCUAGAUAUGAAUCAAUUCCGAAUGUUAUUUUCAACCUGUAAGAUUCCAGGAAUUUCUAGAGAUUCAAUUAUGAAUUAUUUUAGGACUGAGAGUGAAGGGUAUUCCCCAAGUCACAUUGUAGUGCUGUGCCGAGGCCGAGUUUUUGUCUUUGAUGCAAUUCAUGAAGGAUGUUUGAUCACCCAACCAGAGAUUCUCAGGCAACUGACGUACAUCCAUGACAAGUGCCGUAGCGAACCUGAUGGGCCUGGGGUGGCAGCAUUAACUAGCGAGGAGCGAACUCGAUGGGCAAAGGCACGAGACUAUUUGAUUAGUCUUGAUCCAGAGAACUUGACUAGGUUAGAAAAAAUUCAGAGCAGUUUGCUGGUGUAUUCCAUAGAGGACGGAAGUCCACACGUAACACCAGAAGAUUAUUCGCAGGGAAUUGCAAUGAUCCUCGGUGGAGAUCCAACAGUACGCUGGGGUGACAAAUCUUACAACUUGAUUUCCUUUUCUAAUGGAGUACUAGGCUGUAAUUGUGAUCAUGCUCCUUUUGAUGCAAUGGUUAUGGUAAGCAUCAGCUAUUAUGUUGAUGAGAAGAUUUUGGAGAAUGAAGGAAGAUGGAAGGGUUCAGAAAAAGUACGGGAUAUACCACUUCCAGAGGAGCUUGUUUUCACUGUGGAUGAGAAAGUAGUAAAUGACAUCAAUCAUGCUAAAGCCCAGCAUCUCAAGCAGGCAUCUGAUCUGCAGGUUGUGGGUUAUGCCUUUACACAUUUUGGCAAAAAGCUAACCAAGAAGAUGAUGCUUCACCCUGAUACAUUUGUUCAGCUUGCACUUCAACUGGCCUACUAUAGACUUCAUGGACGCCCAGGUUGCUGCUAUGAAACAGCCAUGACAAGGUUUUUCUAUCAUGGCCGUACAGAGACUGUGCGAUCGUGUACAGUGGAAGCCAUCAGAUGGUGCCAAUCCAUGCAGGAUCCUUCUGCCAGUGUUCUUGAAAGGCAGCAAAAGAUGCUACAAGCUUUUGAAAAACAUAAUAAAAUGAUGAAAGAUUGUUCUUCUGGAAAAGGAUUUGACCGUCAUCUUUUAGGUCUUUCACUCAUAGCAAAAGAGGAAGGUCUCCCUGUCCCAGAGCUCUUUACAGACCCACUCUUCUCCAGAAGUGGAGGAGGUGGAAACUUCGUUCUCUCGACAAGUCUGAUUGGUUAUUUAAGGGUCCAGGGAGUGGUGGUGCCCAUGAUGCACAGCGGCUACGGGGUUUUCUACCACAUCAGAGAUGACAGGUUUGUUGUGGCCUGCUCAGCCUGGAAAUCCUGUGCGGAGACUGACCCAGAGAAGCUGAUUCAGCUGAUCUUCCAGGCGUUCCAGGAUAUGAUGCAGCUGAUGAACGCGGCUCAUCUCUAG